AUGAGAGACAUGAUGCAUGUUGAACUCAAUGUCCAGCCAGAAUGCAAUUACUACACGAACCUGGUGCGGAACUUGAAAACCGCAAUCGUCCCGACGUUUACUCUGGAAUCGGGUCAACAACUCCAUCGAGUCCCUGUCGCCUACAGCGCCUGGGGCACCUUGAACGAGGAGGGUGACAAUGUCCUCCUCAUCUGUCACGCUCUCACUGGAAGCAGCGACGUCGAGGACUGGUGGAAACCUUUGAUAGGUCGAGGAAAAGCCGUCGAUACAAGUCGGUUCUUUGUCAUUUGCUUCAACUCACUCGGGUCGCCGUACGGCUCUGCAUCACCGCUCAGCACAGACCCGAUGACCGGCAAGCCUUAUGGUCCGACCUUUCCAGACACGACUUUCAGAGACGAUGUGCGGAUACAAAAGAUGGUUCUUGACGCGUUGGGAGUUAGACAGGUUGCGUCCGUCAUCGGUGGCUCGAUGGGGGGCAUGAUUGCCCUUGAGUGGCCUUUGUGCACCCCUCCAGGCUAUGUGAGGACGGUCAUCCCCAUAUCGACUUCAGCGUAUCAGACCGCGUGGGGAAUCUCAUGGAACACGUCGCAAAUCCGAUGUAUUCAAGCCGACGCACAGUUUCGCGGGGGUUACUAUGCUCCUCAUCCUCAAGGCCAGCCCGUGCAAGGUUUGGGCGCCGCCAGAAUGAUCGGGAUGCUCACCUACCGAUCAUACACUUCCUUUGAGGCCCGUUUCGGUCGACGCAAGUCCGGGCCAAAACGGCCGUCGCAGUCCUUCUCGAGACCGAUGACCUCGAUCCCCUCCCCGCCAGUCCCGGUGGCUGGAGACGACACCCCCGAGACAACAGAUUUGAAGACAGAGGCGCAGAACUUCGGCCCGGCCACGAUAUAUUCGGCCCAAAGCUACAUGCAGUACCAGGCCGACAAGUUUCUCAAGCGCUUCGACGCGAAUUGCUACAUCCACCUUUUGCGAAAGAUGGACUCUCACGACAUCACAAGAGGGAGGACCACCACAUCAAUACCAUCAGCGUCGGAAGAACACCCCAGCACGAAGAGCGUCGCCGCCGUUCUGGCCACAUGUCCGGCUCCCGCGCUCGUCGUGAGCAUAGACUCAGACCUGCUCUUCCCGUCCGAGCAGCAGACACUACUCGCAAAUUCUCUGCCUCGAGCGACGCUGAUGAAGCUGAACUCGUCCGACGGCCACGACGGGUUUCUGCUGGAAAUGUCGGCCAUGCAAGAAUCCAUCAGUGCCUUCCUCCGGGAACACUCUCCCCACGUCUUCACAGCUCCUGUCUCUGAUAGCGGCGAAGAGGAUAACGCAGACGUUGUAACGAAUAGUGUGUUUGGCGAGCUGGAAGCUGACUUUUGA